UAAUCUGGCUUAAAUUAUUGGUUUGAUUUAAAAAUUGUUAUCGACAAAUUUGAUAAAAAGUUUGAACCUGAAUCGAGUAUUGUGCAGAUUGGUGGGAAGUUGCAAACAAAAAUGGUGAUGGUGUUAUUGGACUUUGAUCGGACCAUAAUCGACGACGACAGCGACAGUUGGGUGAUCAGUGAAAUGGGUCUGACGGAGGUUUUCAACGAACUCCGGUCCAGCAUGCCAUGGACAUCUCUCAUGAACAGGAUGAUGGAAGAACUCCAUUCCAAAGGUAUCUCCAUCAACACCAUUGCUCACUGCCUUCAUUCCGCUUUCUUACAUCCAAACAUUCUUUCCGCCAUCCAAUCUGCUCACUCUCUUGGAUGUGACUUGAGGAUUAUUAGUGACGCCAAUUUCUUCUCAAUUCAGACUAUUUUGGAACACCAUAAUCUGUUAGGCUGUUUUUCCCAAAUCAAUACAAAUCCAGCUUUUGUAGAUGAUAAGGGUUGCCUUUGUAUUACUCCAUUUCAUGAUUCAACAACAUUGCCUCCUCAUGCUUGUCACCUUUGUCCUCCCAAUAUGUGCAAGGGUUUGGUAAUAGACCAAAUCCGAGGUUCUUUAGGUGAAAGCAAAACAAGAUUCAUCUACGUUGGAGAUGGAAUGGGUGAUUAUUGCCCUACUUUGAAGCUUGAGGGAGGUGAUUUUGUAAUGCCGAGGAAGAAUUAUCCCCUCUGGAACAAGAUUUGCAGUGAUCCAAAACUAGUUCAUGCAGAAGUUCAUGAUUGGAGCAGUGGGGAGGAGUUCGAGAACAUUCUACUCAACCUUGUCAACAAAUUAGCUACAUAAGGUAUACGUCUGUUGUUAGUAUGUUAUAUUAGUAGCCAGAGUUUGAACCCUAGACCUCCUUCUCAAACUCCUUCAAGUAUCCCAGCUUAACCACUUGAGCUACUCCUCGAGGAUGUUGCAUUCUUGCAGAUAAUUCUUGUCCUUAUUCUCUUUCCAGCAUAUAGCAAUUAUUGGAUGGAUCAAUGUUAGUGGAAAUCCAUCUAACAUGCGUUGUUUCACAUUUAUGUUGAUGUGAUUUUUUUCCAUCAGAAAUGAGAAACCACUAUUUUGUUUCUCCUUUGUAUUUUUAUUAGAAAGAAAAAUGUUGAACAGGAAAGUGAAGCCAUAAAAAUUGUCUCCUAAUAUUAUAGUUGGAAAAUGGCUUUUUCCCCAUUAA